UGCGUCAAAAACUCGAAAGGAUUUUCUCGAUUGUGAUGAAAUGUAAUUUUAAAUAUUACCUUACUUUUGUAAAUAAAUGAAUAAAAUAAAAAAUUAACGAAAAAAUGAAUGGCCAAAAUUUUACAUUGUCAUCAAUAAAGCAGGAUAUAAUUGAUAGUAAUUUAAAUGCUAAAGCAAUUAUUCAAGAUAUAAAUUCUUUCCGUGGGACUCUUCCUGAAUUAGAAGCUUUGAACGAAGCUGGAAGAUUAAAACUUUCAGCGUUACGAAAAUGUAUAGAACGCCUGGAUGAUGUUUCUAAGGACGAAGGCAGUGCAGAAUUGUCCAAGGAAGUUGAUUUGCAUCGAGAACAGUUCUCAAAAACUUUACAGGCCUUUCGCAAGGCAAAUGUAGCAGCAAUGAUGGAAAUAAAAAAAGCAAGUAGAGAAGAAUUAUUUUCAUUGACCGGCAAUUCUGAAUUACGUCAACGUACUGAAAUGGGUACUGGAAGUCAGCAUAAUCGUUUAGGUCUCGUUGCCCAACAAGACAAUGUUACUGAGAAAAUGCUAUCGAUAACACGUCAUCUAUCGGAAACUACACAAAAAUCUGCUGCUACUUUAGACACAUUGGUGUUAUCUUCACAGACGGUAGAGGGAACAAGGAGUGAACUGCAUAGUACUGCAGGAGCCAUAUCAAAAUCAGGAAAACUUUUAAAGAAGUAUGGUAGACGAGAGUGCACUGACAAGAUUCUUUUAUUGUUUGCCUUUAUUUUCUUUUUGUUUGUGGUUUUUUACAUUAUGCAAAAGAGACUGUUUUAGUUUUAAGACAACGCUAUAAUGUUAUAUGAAAGCUAUAUUCUUAAAGAAAUUGCAUUUUUCCAAAAAAAAAAAAAAAUGUAGCAAUACAAAACGCUAGAAAAUUGGAAAAAAAUAUGAAUCAAUUAUAUUCCCACAUAAUAUUUCAACAAUUGCAACUUUUGCUUCGUAAUUUAUUAGUAAAUUUAAAUGAAUUAAUCGAAAUUAAAACUUAAUGAUUGUAAU